AUGGCAGACGACUUCGGACUAGGAUUCCCGCAAAACUUGGCUGUAUCCAGUUGUGCUGUGAUCGAUUUGCUCCUUACAUUCGGUUCUCGAGCUCCCUCUCCCGCGGCCAGCACAGCGAAGCCAGCUGAAGUUGCCGCCUCUGGCGCGCCAUCGGCUUUCCAAGCGUCAACUCCAGGCGCUCGUUUAGCCUCUCAGGCAGGCUUUGAAGUGACCGGCCCUGCGCUCGCAUCGACAACGCCUGGCAGCACCGUUUUCUCCUCUCUCACUCGCCUCAACCUGGCCGAGCAUGCUGGCUCAUUCACCGGCGGCUCGGUGGCACGCACCCGGUCGACCAGCUGCUCGGAAUCGCUGUUUGAGCCGGUUCGGCUUCUGUCGUCCGGACUGCGCGGUGAGCCCGUCUCGUGGGCCGCCACAGCUUGUGCACCGCUCGGCUGCACUCAAGCUCAGCUCGGUUUGGCCGCGCCCCUCAAUGUCCGUCAGGCAUGCCGGGCCGCAGAUGACUCUGCGCCAUUGUACCAGACCUCGGAUCUGGCGGCUAUGGUGGCCAGUCGUGGCUUUCCUCCGCGGCAGCUCGAGAGACUUGAGUCUGUGGUCUCGUCAGAUGUUGACGGAAAGCGUGAACUGGAGACUGAGGUUGAAGAAGAAGAGGAGACAACGGAAAAAGCAGUAAAGGCACAAAGAGUCGAGAUUGAGGAAGACCAGGUGGAAGAAGACGAAUUACUCAGAUCAGGCGGGGCGGAGAGGAGGGAGGAAGAUGUGAAGGUGAUUGCAAAGUCAAAGGAAUGCGUGAAUGAAGAAGAAAUGGAUUGGGCACAGCGGUUUAGGCUGAAGUAUUCGCAGACGGAGGUGCCUGAGAGACUGGCGUCUGAGCUCAUUAAGCCAGGUCUGUUAGGAUUAGAUACUGCUUCCCAAUUGAGACCAAGCAAAAUAGGCUGUGACCUAGGGGCUAUCACAGCCACCGCCCCUGCCUAUGCUGCCACAUUCACCGAUUCUGAAUCGAAUAAGGGAGCUUGUCACAACAAAGAUAGGAAGGGAAUAGUGGAGGAUUCAGGCCUCGAGUUGAUUGUAAACCAAACUAAUUCCGAGAAGUCGCUGGAGGAAGCGACGGAUAAUUGUCUUGAGCUACGUCCUCCCGGAGGGCUGGACGAUUAUUGCGAUCUUUAUGGAUAUGGCAAUUAUGCGGAACACUGUGCGUAA